UUGGCGAGGAUAUCAAUCAAAUCAACUUGAGAUACAUGUGCCCUUCCUCAACGAACAUCUCCGUCGCGUCGAUGCCGCCGACACCGGUGAGGACGCGCAUGUGACUGUGAACCGACACUUCGUUGAUUUGGUCCACACCGAAGCCUAUACAACUGUUUCACCUUGAUGGAUUCUUCAGAGGAGACAAAUGAAGUACCAGUUGAUGAUAGCCAAUUGGACAAGAAUUCAAUAGUUGAUAAUGAAUCACCUCUUGAUGCAAAAAUAGAUGAGCCUACCGAAGUUUCUGUACAUCACAACAAAGAAGGUAUAUCAGGAACAAAGAUAAAAAAUAUGAUGCCAAUAGAUGAGUGUAAAUUUGCAUUGCAGCAUAAUAAACCAAAAAAGGACAUGUCAAGUGUAAUUGUCCAAGAAGAUUAUAUGUGUAAUCAAGAUGACUUGUCUCUUAUUGAAUCAAUUAAAAACAUUCCUUAUGCGAUAAUGGAUGUCGAACUUGUAUGCAUCGGCUCUCAAGUAAUUUCCAGGAAAUUUAUGGAAUGUUUAUUUCAACCAAAUUCUUAUUUGGGUGAUGAGGUCAUAAAUUCUUACGUAUACUUAUUAGUAGCACAAGAACAUAUGAAGCAGUGCCCUGGUGGUACAGUCCACAUAGAGACUAUGUUUGCUAGUGAUUUUUUAAGCGAGAUGCUGGUGAUGUUCGAGAAUUUGAUGAUAUAUAUUGUGAAACUAGCGAAAGAUCUCAAGUUGAGCGAAAGGUUUUAUUAUAUCUUCAACAUGACAUGGUGUUCGUACCUAUAAACAUUCGUGAUCUUCACUGGUAUCUUGUUGUGUUUAAUGCCAAUAGAAGAGAGAUACAGGUACUCGAUUCAUUGGGUUCUUCAUUGGGUUAUAAAGAUCUUGACUGUGUUGUGAGUAAAUAAAACUUGUUACUAUUUUUUGUGGUUAUUAUUAAUUUUGUUGAUGUCAUUUACGAUUAUAUUUGUAGCUAAAGGGUUUGCAAAAGCAAGUAGAUGGUGUGUCGCGUUAUUUGAAACUUAAGGAUCAUAAUAAUUGGCCAGACCUUCAAGUUGCCUCUUGGCCUUGUAAACUUAUAGAGUUCAAAGAUGCCAAGCAGACAUAUAGGUAUAUGUUUGAUUUUUUGAAACUAUUUCAUUUAAAUUGGAAACAUAAUUGAUUUGAUUUUUUAAUGUAUUUCUUCGUGUGGACUUUUCCUACUUAACUAUAUGGAGUACUGGACAGGAGUCGAACUAUCAGACAAUUUUACACAGGCCGAUAUGAAAAACUUUAGGCUAAAAUUGGCCGCUAUUUUAUUGUCUUCGGAUUUGAAUAAGAGAAAGGGAUGUCUGUUAUAUAAAAAUAAUACAAAUAAAAGUACAGAAGACAAUGAGAUUGACUCCAGUGAUGUUGAGAUUUUAGAACCCUCCCCAAAUCCUAACAAGAGGAAACGAAUCCCUCAGAUUAGCCCAGAAGAUGAUCCUGUAUUAUUAUAUUUUGAAGAAAUAUGUGCCAAAGAAGAGAAUGAUGUCACCUCUACUCCAACCUCUGUUGAUAGAUGUGACAAUGACUCUUUAAUGAGUGGUCUUUUCACCAAGGAUAUGCCAGUGACAAAAGCAGAUAUGAUAGAGUUUCUAUGCGAUUAUAUCAUGACAAUUCAAGGUGGCACAAUUUUAGAGGCUAAAUGGAUUCGAAGCUUCAAACCAUACAUGAUAGAUUUGUCUGUCAAGACACUACAAGAAUUGUUAAAUGUGAAUCAAGAUAUGCCUACAGAUUGUUUCGACAUGGCUAUUCGAGUUCUUCCUCAUAAUGAACCAAAGAGGUUGUCAAUUGCAAAACGAAAGAUUACAAAACACUAUAUGGACCUGCGUUUUUGUGAAAUGUGUGGUUUUGACGAAGAAACAAAGUCUUGUAAGGAUCCUAGCGCGAUAGAAUUAGCAGAAACAUUAACUAAUUGGCCUCAAAUGAAUUAUUACAUCACACUUUGCAAAUUUGUUCUUAUGCCAUGGAGAUACUCUACAGGUUAUGUACUUUUCAUGAUUAAUCAUGCAAACAAAUUUGUGUCUGUGUUUAAUUUCACACCUACUCCAGAAUGAUGUAAAGAUAUGCCACUAAAAAGAUUUUGGGAAGUAAUUCUUCUUAUUUCAAAGAAUUAUAAGGCUGCAUACAGUCUUAAACGCACUGGAUGGUCACAUGACAUUUAUAUGUGGCGACAUUCAAUUCGACCUGAUGCUCCAAUUGACUCAAAAGGAUAAUUACUUAAAAUUAUUAUAUGGCAUAUAUAUAGAUGUGUAUGUUUAUAAUUUCAUAAUAUAACAUACUUGGUAUU